GUAGUCAGGUUUCUGUGUGUGGUACUUUGCUGUGGCAUCCCUGGGAACCUCAUCCAACUCAUCCAAACAGAGCCCUUCUGCCUGGCCGGGGACCCACAGAUCUUACAACUCUUUUGUGGGUGGUGCUACUUGUGGUGUUUGGUGUCAGGGACUGAACCUAGGGUCUCGUGCAUGAUCAAGAUGUAUUUUACUGAUGAGAGACACUCCUACUCUGUCUUACCAACUUCAAAACAAGCUUUGGGGUUGAUUUUCAUGGUACCAUUCCUUCCCGUCCCCCUGACUGACCUUAAGUGACCAAGACUUGAUGUUCUAAGCUCUUCUGAGGUUUUAUAGAAUAAACAGUUCUGAUCUGCGCACAGAUGCUCAAAUUCACAUUUCUGACACUACAAAAUUGAUGUUUCUUUCUUUCGUUACCUUGCAGUCUCCAAAUCCUGUCAUCUUUACAUCUUUCUCAGCAGGUCAGAAAAUGAUUUUCAGAAAUCAGUUUUCUUCUACUACUGUGUGGGUCUCCAGGAAUCGAACUCACCAUGUGAGACUUGCAAAACAGCAGAGACAGCAUUAUGUCUGGCUUUGCAGAGGCUCACUGGUGUGCUGGCUGCAUCGUCUCUGUAGGUAAUGAGUCCUGCCUGACUCAAUCGGCAGCCUUCAAAAUCUGGCCUUUCCUAUUGCAACAUCUGUGAUUCACCAUUAUAGGAAGGCAAGGUCAGGCUGGUACACAUGGUGGUAUACAUCUUUGUACUAGCACUCUGGAGGCAGAGGCAGGCAGAUAUCUGUGAGUUUGAGACCAGCCUGGUUUACAUACUGAGUACCUGGACAGUCAGGACUAUGUAAAUAGAGAGACCUUGUCAGAAGAAGAAGGAGAAGAAAAGGACGAUAAAAAGGAGGAGGAAGGAGAAGAAAAGGAGGCAGAAGAAGGAUAAGAAAAGAGGAGGAAGAAGAGGAAGGACAGGAGGAGGAAGAAGAGGAAGAACAGGAGGAGGAAGAGGAAGAGGAGGGAGAGGAGGAGGAAAAGGAGGAAAAGGAAGAGGAGGAAAGGUGGAGGAAGAAGAAAAGGAGAAGGAAGAGGAGGAAGGGCAGCAUAGAUAUUAGAUAAUACUGUUAAAAUAUUUGCCAUUUUAAUAGAUGCUAAAAUCAUUAUUUAAAUUGUAGUAGUUAUCAAUGUAAUUUCUCUCUAGAGGGGAUUUAAAGGAAACAUUAAUUGCUAAAAUAAAUUUGUUGGAGACUUGUUUUUCUGCACACUUCUGAUAUUUUAUGGGACAGAUAGGCUUGGUUCUAAGUGUCUACUGAGAGGGGUUGGGGAUUUAGCUCAGUGGUAGAGCGCUUGUCUAGCAAGCACAAGGCCCUGGGUUCGGUCCACAGCUCCGAAAAAAAACAAAAAAGAAAAUGACCCACUUGACGAUUUCCUUCACACAGCGAUUAGUCUGAGAAAAAUAAUUAUCUAAUCAAUGUUGAGUCAUUAGAUGUCAGAAGAAUCUUGAUCAUUAUAAAACAGAAGGAAUGAUCAGUCAUGAUUUUUAUUUUUUCCAGUUAUAGAGACAGGGUCUUGCAGUACAGGGAUGGUUCGGCAGGGGCUCACAGCAAUCCUCUAGCCUCAGACUCCUGAAUGUUGGGAUUGCAGAUGUGUGUUGCCACAUCCAGCUUCAAACUGACCACAUUCAGAUCACACACUGAUUUUGUUUGCACAUACAAACGUGGUGCAAUUUGGUAAAAAGCUUUAUGGAUAAUGUUGCAAAAGGCAUAUUAUUUAAAGAAAUAGAACCCCCAACCAAGAGUGGCGGAGGGGACAGUGGCUGAAGGGAACAGCGGAAGUUACACAUGACUGCUCAUAAAGGCUCAGUUGUUCUAAAAACACAGGAUGGCCUGAGCCUUGGAGGUGUCUGAGGCCACCAUAAGGGGACUGUGACAAGGAGACUGGGGAUCCUGGAAGCAUAAGACACCUGAAAUCAGGAGUCCAGGGAAACACUGGCAGCUGGAGGUGUUGGGUCCCUUGCUGAGUCUUUCCUUACUUGUCUGCAGACCUUUCUCUCCAUGCACAAAUGACAGCAAGGCCAUAAAAAUCUCUCCAAGGGGGGUGGAGAGAUGGCUCAGAGGUUAAGAGCACUGACUGCUCUUCCCGAGGUCCUGAGUUUAAAUUCCAGCCACCACAUGGUGGUUCACAACCACCUGUAAGGGGAUCUGAUGCCCUCUUCUGGUGUGUCUGACACUGUACUUAUAUAUAAUAAAUAAAUACAUCUUAAAAAAACAACAAAAACCUGUAGCAGUGCCAGAUGGGUUUGCUGCCUGGCGGCCUUGCUGUAAGGCACUCUGGUGGAAGUUAGUUACCUCUUCAUGGGACUGUACCCCAGAGUCAGACACUAUUUUUCUUUGGGCUUUUUAGUUCCUAAUAAACACUAUUUUCAGAUUCCCUGUCCUGCCCCUGGCAGCCAGCUGGAGAAGUGAAAAGCACUUACUCACCAUCCACAGGAGGACAGGGGACAGAGCCCUCCAGGAAAGGAAAGAGUGAGAAAGGCUGCAGGGCGGCUCACCCAGUCCAGUCCAGACACUAUGCGCCUGCUGAAUGCUCCAGAGCGCAAGAGAUCAUAGCUCUCUCCUGAUUAGUCUAUGAGCUCCCAGGGAAAGACAGCAGGCCCAUAGUGAGCAGGCCCAUCCCCCACCUCCACAGGGUUGCUGAGGAAGUCCUCAUGACCUCAUUCCUACCUGGGAAUGCAAAGUGAAAGGUCUGCAGACAGCAAGGGCUACAGGGGCAACAGAGGAAACUCAGAGGGAGAGGAGGCAGAAGCCAAGGAGAGGCAGGAAAAGUCCUGUAAUAAAACAAUACCUCAAAAGACAGAGAAAAGUAUGGUGGCCAUGACAAAGGCACAGAAUUGUACUUUACAAAUAACAAAAACUCAAGAGUAGUUAAAGUAGCCGAGGUGUGGGGAUAAAUGCCUGGAAACUGGACAAGAGGGAAAUGGCCUCAUCUACUCAGCUACUGUCAGGCCAGCAAGGCUACAGAGAGACAACUGCCCCCAUCCCCACCACACACACAAUGAUAUAAAACAAACAAACAAAAAAGAAAAUACCACAUGCCGUGGGAAAUGCAACAUAAACCCUCAAAGAAGGCUUACCACAUAGAUCAAGGUGUCUCAGGGUGAGCAAGCCAUAAAUCCAGUUCAUCUCUAUUGGAUCAGGAGGGCAGGAGUUCUGCAGGCUUUUUGCAAGGAGCGGGGUGGGGGUGGGGGGGUGGGGGGGUGGGGGGUGGGUGGGGGGUGGGGGGUGGGAGGGUGGGGGGUGGAGGUGGGGGAUGGAAUUGGCUGUUUGGCCUUCUGGAAACUAAAUUUUACAGCCACUUGAUAAAUUUGUUAUAGAAAUAUACCAGGAUGGGUUCGGAAUAAACUAAACAAAAGGUAAAAAGUUUUAUAAGAAAACAGUCACACUAUACCAGUGUUCUCUGUUGCCCCUGAAACUUGAACAGACACAUACUUCUUAGUCUCUAACCUGAGAAGGAGCCCUGUUGGGGGUCUGGAACCAGAAGUGAAAGAGUAAAGGAGUUAGCAAGUUAGUAAGUAGCAAGUGGUCAAAUCAAGUUGUUGAUCCAUCAAGAGAUAUGCACUGCUGAGAAACAGAGAGCAGGUCACAGAGCCACCGGGCAAGGGUGACAGUGGAAUGUGCUUGUCUGCCUGAGGAGGGGAGAAAAAUAAAUUAAGGGGUACACGGAUACGAGUUCAAACUGUGUUCACAACAUAUUGUUUCUAAGAAGUACGUGUAUGGUUGCUUAUGUUGUUAUCUUAAAAAAAUAAAAAUGUGAAAGUCAUUUGCUAAGAGUGGAAAUAAGGAACAACCAAACCUAGUCCCGUAAUUUAAUCCCCCCAAACCAUGUGACCUGCAAAAGUUUUAAUACAGAAGUUGUGUCAGGCCUGACAGCUUCGGCGCUCCAGUGCUGACUUGACAUAAGACGUGGCAAAGCUCUCCAAACCCUCCUGUGUUUCCACAAUCCGCACGGAUAGGCUAGGUCCCUGUCAGAACUUCCACAAGCGAUUAUAAAGUACAUCAGGCUACUUCGAACUGUUCCGGAGCAGAAGAGAAAACCACACAAACAAGUCAGUUUCAUCCUGCGUUGUUCCCCUGGCAACCAUAUUAAACUGCAAGGAUAAAAGCGCCUUUGUAGUAGCUGCUUCUAUUGAAUUACAAUGUAAAUGUUGAUGCUUGCCUAGAAAUGUCAACCGGCGACAGGCUUAUGGAACAGAUGCAGUAGUUGUUCCGCAGUGCAGGAAUCCCAGUCUGCGGAGAGAUGCAAAAGGUGCGCCCGGGCCAUCUUAAGAGUCUCUUCAACCGAAUCUCCUUUCUCCAUCAAAGCCUCGCCGCACUUCAUAGAUCCAGCUCAGGAAAGGUCGCUCGACUGUUUGAAAACUGAAAACGACCUGCUAUCUUCUAUGCAUCAGAGCACGAGAAGAGUUUGUUGUGGAUAAGAAUGCUAACAAUGCAAUUACGCAAGAGACCCGGCAAUCUCUGUUUCUUUCCCACUCUUAGCAUAGCGUAACUCUAGCUCCCUGACUCUUCUGCCCGUCACUCAGUUCUCGUCCAGCGGGUGUCAAGUGGCAGGUGGUGAACUGGCCAUUUGGUUCCGGGUGGCUUGUUGAUUCCUGGGUUCAGCCCUCGAUCGUCCUUCGGUUUGACCCGCAGUACCUAGUGUCUGCAGGCGGUGCUCCCUGCUCCUUCUCUCCCAUCACCUCUACCCCAGCCCCUAGUCAGGGAAGAAAGUCGAAAGUGGGUAGAAGUCAGCUCGCAGAGUCUCCAGCGUGUCACCGCUCCACUCAGGUAAACUUCACAGUGAGUGACCUGCACUUGGAGAAGGGCCUUACCUGAGCGCGCCUCUACCAAUGGCAGCUCACCUGAGGGAGCUCCGUAGCCAAUCACCGCGCAGCUCGGCCCUCGGGCUUGUACCCUUUAGUGAAAGAAUUCAGCGCCUUGCGAGAAAGUUACCUGUGGCCGCCCAAGUCCGCCACUUUGCGCUCUGUGUCUGCCCAUUGCCGCGAUCCGGGAGGACUCCGCGCCGCCGGGCCGCCUCCGAGCGCGGGCCCCAUGUGAGGGCUCCCUCCCCCCCAUCCCACCUUUCCGGCUAGGUGAGGGCGCGAGCGAGCGGGCGAGCGAGAGUGGUGAGGGGGGACGAAAGCAGAAUUACCUGUAGCUCUUGUUCUGCCAUCUCGGGCGCUCUCACACACCUUCACCUGCACAGACUUGAAAGUCCAGUUUCACCAGAGGCUGAGGCUCCAGGAAAAGGGGAGCGAGUUCAUUGGAUCAAACAUGUCACAAGAGUCGGACAAUAAUAAAAGACUAGUGGCCUUGGUGCCCAUGCCCAGUGACCCUCCCUUCAACACCCGAAGAGCCUACACAAGUGAGGAUGAGGCCUGGAAGUCGUAUCUGGAGAACCCCCUGACGGCAGCCACCAAGGCAAUGAUGAGCAUCAAUGGGGAUGAGGACAGUGCUGCUGCCCUGGGCCUUCUCUAUGACUACUACAAGGUUCCUCGAGACAAGAGACUUCUGUCUGUGAGCAAAGCAAGCGACAGCCAAGAAGACGAGGAAAAAAGAAACUGUCUUGGCACCAGCGAAGCCCAGAUCAACUUGAGCGGAGGCGAGAACCGAGUGCAGGUUCUGAAGACCGUCCCUGUGAACCUCUGCCUGAGUCAAGACCACAUGGAGAAUUCGAAGCGUGAGCAGUACAGCGUGUCCAUCACUGAGAGCCCCGCCGUCAUCCCCGUGUCGGGCAUCACGGUGGUGAAAGCUGAGGAUUUCACGCCCGUGUUCAUGGCGCCCCCGGUGCACUAUCCCCGCGCGGACGGUGGCGAGGAGCAGCGCGUGGUUAUCUUUGAACAGACUCAGUAUGACCUGCCCUCCAUAGCCAGCCACAGCUCCUAUCUAAAGGACGACCAGCGCAGCACGCCCGACAGCACCUACAGCGAGAGCUUCAAGGACGGCGCCCCGGAGAAAUUUCGGAGUACUUCUGUUGGUGCUGAUGAGUAUACAUAUGACCAGACGGGGAGUGGUACAUUUCAGUACACCCUGGAAGCCACCAAAUCUCUCCGGCAGAAGCAGGGGGAGGGCCCCAUGACCUACCUCAACAAAGGACAAUUCUAUGCCAUAACACUCAGUGAGACUGGAGACAACAAAUGCUUCCGACACCCCAUCAGCAAAGUCAGGAGUGUAGUGAUGGUGGUCUUUAGUGAAGACAAAAACCGAGACGAACAGCUGAAGUACUGGAAGUACUGGCACUCCCGGCAGCACACUGCUAAGCAGAGGGUCCUUGACAUUGCUGAUUACAAGGAAAGCUUCAACACCAUCGGGAACAUUGAAGAGAUCGCAUACAAUGCCGUUUCCUUCACCUGGGAUGUGAAUGAGGAGGCGAAGAUCUUCAUCACCGUGAACUGCUUGAGUACAGAUUUCUCCUCCCAGAAGGGUGUGAAAGGACUUCCUCUGAUGAUUCAGAUCGACACGUACAGCUAUAACAACCGCAGCAAUAAACCCAUCCACAGAGCGUACUGCCAGAUCAAGGUCUUCUGCGACAAGGGAGCAGAAAGAAAAAUCCGGGAUGAAGAGAGGAAGCAGAACAGGAAGAAAGGGAAGGGCCAGGCCUCCCAAACCCAGUGCAGCAAUUCCUCUGAUGGGAAGAUGGCCGCCAUACCGUUACAGAAGAAGAGUGACAUCACGUACUUCAAAACCAUGCCCGACCUGCACUCACAGCCUGUGCUCUUCAUACCAGAUGUUCACUUUGCCAACCUGCAGAGGACUGGACAGGUCUAUUACAACACCGAUGAUGAGCGAGAAGGCAGUGUCCUCGUUAAACGGAUGUUCAGGCCCAUGGAAGAGGAAUUUGGUCCAACACCGUCUAAGCAGAUUAAAGAAGAAAACGUAAAGCGAGUGCUUUUAUACGUGAGGAAGGAGAACGAUGACGUGUUCGAUGCUCUGAUGCUGAAAUCGCCCACAGUGAAGGGCCUGAUGGAAGCGCUGUCUGAGAAGUACGGGCUGCCGGUGGAGAAGAUCACAAAGCUUUAUAAGAAGAGCAAAAAGGGAAUCCUGGUCAACAUGGACGACAACAUCAUUGAGCACUAUUCAAAUGAGGACACCUUCAUUCUCAACAUGGAGAGCAUGGUGGAAGGCUUCAAGAUCACAUUGAUGGAGAUCUGAACCCUGAUGGAGUCCCUGACAGGAGCUUUUGGUGCACUCCUUCCUGGGAGAGAUGUGAUCUCUGCCGCCCCAGAACCUGGAGACCCAUCUCACCCUCCUCACAAGACUGUUACAAGACUGCUGGGAAGGGGACGGGGCCCAAGGCCCAGUAACAGACUUCCUUCCACUCUUCCAAGCUCCCUCUGGAGCUGAAGCCUGAGCCCCUCAGCAGAUUCUUUGAGCCUGGUAGGCCCUUAUUUAUUGCCCAUUCUUUCCCCAAGAGCCCUCCAGGACUCUGCAAGUUACUGAGAGCUCCAUGGGAGACCUCCAGAGUUUCCCCUUCAAGGGCAGCAGCAGCAGCAGCAGCAGCAAGUCCACUGAUCUCGAGCCUGGGGAGCUGGUGUGUCCUUUUCUUACCUCUCCUCAUUUCUUGAGUGGAUGGACCAGAUGAGCUGCUUCUUGGUGCAGUCUUCAUGGAUGGAGUAAGAAGGACCCCAAACCUCAGAUUGCUCUGAGGAAGGUCAUUUUGCUAAAUACCUCCAGGGGACUCUCAGCAAAUAGCCACUGACCGCGUUCGGGAAGACUGCACUACCAUGUCAGCUUAUUGAACACGAGAAAGAGUGUGCCUGACGACCAUGUACAUAAUCUGUACAUAACAUUGCAGUAAUAUAUUUACCUGUGGUUUGUGGGCAUGUUUACUGCCAUUGGCCUGGAGGAGACACACUGGAGAUUCAGAGCGUUCUGCUCUACCCAAGGGGAGGUUAGAGAAGUGGCCUCUGGGAUGUCAUGUGAUGGUGGUGAACACCUGGAUGGACUCUCCACCGGGCCAUGCCUGAGGACUUGUUUCCCCAGAGCCCUCUCUCCUCAAACAUGACUCUCCCUCGAGGCUAUGGCGUUUUAUCUCAUGGUGAUAUGUUGCCUAAGCUCGUCCUUUGAGCUGUCUGGGAAAGGACAUAACUGUCAGUGCCUUCUCUAGCUUUGGUAUGGGGCAUCUCUUGAGCCUUGCGCAAAAUCUAUGCAGAGAUUUUCGCUGGGGCCCUGUCACUGGGACCUGCUGCAGAACUGCUUGGCCGACACGGGAAUCCUGGACACGGUAGCACCCCGCAGUUUACAAGCAUGUCCUUCAUCUCAAGUGGCCCCUUUAAAAGUCCAACUGCAGCGUUGUGAAUCGAGCCAGCAGCUCUGCUGGGCUGUGAACAGCAGACAGUGCUUUGCCUUGCUUCUGACAGGAAGAAGUGAGGCUAUCCACCCUGGCUGUGGGAAGCUUGGGAGCCCUUGCACUUCUGAAACCAACUCUGGGAGGCACUGGAGAGCUAAGGCUGUUUCAUCCUCUCCUCACCCUUGGAAGGUCCAGAGAAAAUGGCUUACCCAAACAGUCAUGAAAGCGUGCCCCAUCGUGAGCCUCUGUUCUCUUUGAGAGAACAGGUCAGUAGUUCUGUUAGGGUUAAGGACUGGUAUGUGCCCCUGGGGCUGAGCACUAUUAGUUUGGAGAGCCAGACACAUCCCAUCCCAAGGCCUAGAUAAUGAAACAGCUUUUAUGGAAAGGUCUAAAUUUGUCUGUGAAGCACUUUGAUGUCUUACCUGGAGGCUCUGCUCUCCAGCCCCUUGCUCUACCUGCCCCCGAGGCCCAGAGCAGCUGAGGCUGACUCCAGCCCAGCUACUGCUCUUCCAAGCUGCAGAGAAAUUGAAUGGGAUGGGGAGUAGGUGCCGUAACCAAGAGGAUCCCAAAGGGUAGCAGGGGGCACCUUUCUGAGAGCCCACUGGGCUCCUUAUCCUUCUUCCUGUUGCCAAAGGUUUGCAUCCAGGGCUCUGCUCUAUUCCAGCUCUGCACUCCAAAUGCCAGUCCUUGAAACUAGCAGCCUAGGGACCCUCCAGGGUACUAGUGGAUCUCUGAUCUAAGACGGACAAACUCCGUGUUGGAAAUAUACGCUCUGUGCGCUUCCUGUGCUGUAGCACUUGGGCUUAGCUGCAAACGUGACCUUAGGGAUGGGCUCAGGGUUCCAGAGCAGGGAGACAGAUCUGUAGCAACCCGACAGGCGACCAGCUCUUCUCUCUGGUCUGUCUGGAAAAUUACUGGUCCCACUGGGUCCGGAGACAAACCAGAGCCGGCUCUCCCUUUGUCCUGAGUCCCUACUCUAUGAGGUAGCCAUUGCCAGAAGAGGGGAUAGGAAGGCACGAGGAGCAGUGGAGCGUCAGGUCCAGGAGUGUCUGCUGGUGGAUCUCCAUUCAGCUCGUCGCUCACUGCGUCCGCUGAGCUUUGCUGAGCAUCACCUCCUGAACAAAAACACUCAAAGAAAAGUUUGCCUUGUCCUGAACUAAUCUCACCCAAACAAGGAACUUUUUUAUUUUUUAUUUUUUGGUAAUCCAUAAAAGAGGGGGACACAUGGAGCAGGUAUUUAUUUCCUUCUAUGUCUCCACAUUGUUGAAACUUCCGCGGUGUUUAGAGAUUGGAACCAGUAGAGAAAUGCACGGUGGCUACCACUGUGAAGUUGGUUCCUAAAAGACUAAGGCACGUCCCAGCGCAGAAACCCGGGAAGUUUGAAAUGAAUUAAAACAUUUUCCUUCAUAUUUUAAUAGUCAUGAAAAUGCAACAGGAAAAGAGGGUUUGUGCCAAAUUCUAAGAAUGGCCCUUUCUGAAAGACAAGCAGGGGAGACUCGUGUGUAUAAUCUGCUCCCACAUAAAAAGAGUAAAUGUAACUUAAUAGUUUUGUAAAUGGGAGAGGGGGGAUCUAUAAACUAUAAAUAUGUUAUUUUAUUUUUUGUACAUUUUUAAGAAGAAAAAAUAAAUAUUCACAACAUGAGUCAAA